AUGGCCUCCCAGGCAGACGCACAGGGCUCCGUGGCUGGCUCCAGCAGCUGGACUUCUUUCGUCAAGUCCAUUGCUUCCUUCAACGGCGACCUUUCCUCCCUGACGGCGCCCCCUUUCAUCGUCUCGUCGACCUCCCUCACAGAGUUCUCCUCCUACUGGUGUGAACAUCCCUCGCUGUUCGCCGCCCCCGCCAAGGAGGCCGACCCCGCGAAACGCGCCCUGCUCGUCCUCAAGUGGUUCGUCAGCACCCUGAAGCAGCAGUACGCCAGCCGCAGCGAGCAGUACGGAAACGAGAAGAAGCCGCUGAACCCUUUCCUUGGCGAGCUUUUCCUCGGCAAGUGGGAGGAUGCCGCGGGCACCACCGAGCUCAUCAGCGAGCAAGUCAGCCACCACCCACCGGCGACGGCCUACUCGAUCAACAACCUCGCCUCGGGCGUCCACCUCGAGGGCUACAACGCGCAAAAGGCCACCUUCAAGAGCACCAUCAACAUCAAGCAGAUCGGCCACGCCGUCCUGACGGUGCCGAUCCCUGGCGACGCCGACAAGAAGACGGAGACGUACCUUAUCACGCUGCCGUCACUGCACAUUGAGGGUCUCCUCUUCGGCUCGCCCUUUAUCGAGCUCGACGGCUCCACCUUCAUCACCUCCUCCUCCGGCUUCACCGCCAAGAUUGACUAUUCAGGCAAGGGCUGGCUUUCGGGCAAGAAGAACACCAUCUCGGCGGUGCUCUACCCCACGGGCCGCGAGAAGGAGGUCCUCUACAACAUCUCGGGCGUCUGGACCAAGACGUUUGAGAUCCACUCGGGCCCCGCCAAGACCAACUCGUCCAAGACGCUCGUCGACUCGCACGACGCCACAAAGGUCGAGCCGACGGGCCUCAUCGUCGCGCCCGUCGAGCAGCAGCACCCGCUCGAGUCCCGCCGCGCCUGGGCCAAGGUCGCCGCCGCCGUCGCCAAGGGCGAUAUGGACACGCUGUCGUUUGAAAAGUCCAAGAUUGAGAACGCCCAGCGCGAGCUUCGCGCCAAGGAGCGCAGCGAGGGCCGCGUCUGGGAGAGGCGCUACUUCUCCGAGUUCAAAGGACAGGACCCCGUGCUCGAGUCGCUCGGCAACCACGUCGGCCUGCCGCUGACGGGCGACGCCGACAAGACGGGCGGUCUGUGGCGCUUCGACGCCGACAAGGCUGAAAAGGUCCGCAGCCAGCCGCCGGCGAGCGAGGACGCCAAUCUGGCGCUGGCCAAGGAGGCGCUGGGACAGUAG